AACCGGGAGGCUUCCUCCGGGAGGGUGUUGCAGAGGCAGCUCCGCGCCGUGCUGUGCCGGGAGGCAGCGGAGCAGCAGCCGGAGCUCUCAGCGGUGCAGGACCCUGCGCCCUGCAUCCCCCGCCGGAGAGCACCAAAAUGGGGCAGAGCUUUCAGGAGCAGCUCGGUCUGGCCCUCACCCUCCUGCUCCUUUCCCUGGGGGCUGCAGUGACCGGAGACACCAACCACAACUGCUAUGGGGCUCCAGGCCUGCCGGGUAUGCCGGGCAUGCCAGGCAAGGACGGCCGGGAUGGGCUGAAGGGAGCCAAAGGCGAGCCAGGCAUCCCAGCCAUUGCUGCUACUCACGGGCCCAAAGGUAUGAAAGGGGAACCAGGCAGUCCUGGCUGGCCCGGCAAGACUGGCCCUGCCGGUCCCCCGGGUCCUCGCGGAGACCCGGGAGUGAUGGGCACUGCUGGAGAGCCGGGUGCAGCCGGCGGCUACAAGCAGAAGCACCAGUCAGCGUUUUCAGUGACGAGGCAGACCAGCGUACACCCCCUGAAGGACGUCCCCGUGGUGUUCAACCGUGUCAUCAGCAACACAAACGACGACUACAACACCACCACGGGCAUAUUCACGUGCAAGCUCCCCGGCCUCUACUACUUUGUCUUCCACGCUUCGCAGACCGCCAACCUCUGCGUCCUGCUCUACAAGAACAGGAGUAAGGUGGCCAGCUUCUGUGACCACAAGACCAAUACCAUGCAGGUCACCUCGGGUGGGAUCCUCCUCCGUCUGGAAGCUGGAAACCACAUCUGGCUGGCGGUGAAUGAUUACAACGGCAUGGUGGGCAUCAGCGGCUCCGACAGCGUCUUCUCAGGAUUCCUGCUCUUCCCGGACUAGGGGACGGACAGAUCCCACCCCAGCACGCUGAGCUCCUCUCCCUGCCAUGCGAAUGCUGUCACUCACUGCCAGGCCUUUGCUAACGCCUCACCAUUGCAAAGUUUGUCUGCUGGGCUGGAAGACCCAGUGAGGGUGUCAGCCCCAGCAGCUGACCACAACACCUGAGCUGGGGACCAAGUGGGCUGAAUAUUGAGAACAAGCCUAUCUGGCUGCAUCUGUGCCCAGAGGGACACUACCCAGCUCCUGAGGACCUGCUGGCAUUGCCAUGUGCAGCAUAACACACAGGUCACUCACCUCCUGCCCUGAUAACCCCACGGUACCUUCUGCUGCCCAGACCCAGGGUCCAAAGGUGUUUCUGGGUCUCCCCUUCCCACGAGUUGUAUCAGGGACAGGCACAAGCCAAGCGGCCUGGAGCAGGCUUGCAGCAGGUGCUUUGCUGUUAUCUGGCUGUGGAAAGAGUCAAUAAACUUUCCCCCAGUGUGCCUGGA